AUGUAUCCAGUUUUGCCGGACUCUCCCGCCGAUUUGGUGCCACUCCCCCUUUGCGAUGGACCCAAGCUGAAGCCGUUCGACUUCCAGGGUCCCCAGCAAAUCGAAUUCCUCGAGUUCCUCGGAAAAGGCUUGCAUUCGUACGUCUUCAAGGUUAAAAUCAUGGGGACGAUCUAUGCAUUGAAACUUUUCAGAUUCAUCUGCCACAAUGAAUGGAGAUCUCCUUACUUCGACCACCACGAAAAUCAUGAGGCGAUGACGUUUGCCUACCAGUACUCUGAGCCGUUCAAUUGCGAAUGCCGUGCCUUUGGUCGUCUCCAAGAAGCAGGAUACGACGACUUGGCAGUCGAGUGCUUCGGCUACUUACUCCUCGAUGAGGAGCACGAGCAUGCCAUGAGACAGUUUUGGAAAGCGAGCAACCCCUAUGACAUUUUGUUCAACGGAAGCUCGGAAUCUGUUGACGAGGAAGACAUGCGCUCGUGUUUUCAGGACAAGAACGCUAAGCCCCCACCCAUCCGGGGCAUAGUCAAGGAGUUCGGUCAAGGUAUGGAGGUUUUGCAGACGAGGGGUGCGCGCAAGAUUAUGCGAGAAAUGUCUCUACUUCAGCAGCUCGGCAUCUUUAAUCUCGAUCCUGGAAUUCGGCAGAUGGUCAACAACAAGUGGGUCGACUUCAGCCUAGCCUUCACUGUCCCGCAUUAUCUCUCGAACACAGAGCUGAACCCGCAUCUUACACCUGAGAUGAUAGCCGACCUUGAGUUUGAAGCUUUCAACAUCUGCAGAAACGACUACUUGGAUUUCGACGAAAUGGUUAUUUCUUGGAAUAAGUACGCCAAGUACCGGAAUAAGGACGCCAAGAACCGGAAAGACACAAUCUCCGUCCAAGCAUUACCUCACAGGUCGAGUUUCAAAGACUCCUACGAUCUGAGAAGCCUACCAUCUCGACAGCGUGCUUACUCGUACGUUGACCCAAGACUGUACGACUGGAAGGCUUCCGCUUCAAUGGGAGAAAUGGAUGGGCGACAAUCUGGUCGAAAGGCAAAGGGCAGCAAAUGCGGAACACCCGCAGGAGUGAUUCGGAAGACCCGCCGCCGGCUCAAUGCCUGCCCACCCAGGUGGUACUUUUCCGGUGAUUCAAAGAAAGCUGAAGAGGCGAAAUUCGAUUUCUACUUCAGACUCCACUGGGACUUCAAGGACGGUUUUAUGUUUCCACGGAAGCAGGAUGGGCCGCCGUACAGUACUUAG